UUUUUUUCAUUGCAGAAUUAAGCUCUAAUCUGCCGCUAUGUUCGAGGCCCUUGCAACCGAGCUGCCGCAGGCUUGCGCCGCGGCCUAGGCGCCCCCAGGCCCUUGCAACCGAAAGGUUAGGUUAGGUCAGGUUAGGUUAGGUUAGGUUUUAUUCUCUUCUCGAAGGACCAAAAUAUCAGCUGACCCAAAAACGGAAGAUGUGUAACGGCCAUACAUGUGUGGCCACUAAAUUAUCUGCUCCUCUCAUUAAGAACCCACCUCCGGCGCCGGGCCUCUCCAUUCAUCUAUCAUGAAUCGUCCAUCUUGGCGUCAAUUCCCAUUGGAGGUGGUGCUGGACCGUCGUCAAACCGUGUUUGAGGCGUUCGGCUCGAAAUUGUCGGCCUUGAGUCAUUUCUGGGCCUUGCUGUUCUUGGGCCUGGAGUUGUAUUUCCGGGCCGGGCUGGACUACUCGUUGCCUCCAUCCCCGCCGCCAGAGCCCUCCGGCCGACCGUUGAAUGGAGGAUUGUCCACCUGGAUUUGGCGCUUGCUUCUGACCAUUUGGACUGUUUUGGCCCUGAAUUUCUUGCACCUAUGCCUCAAGUAUGUUUGGGCCUUAUGGGGUCAGUCCGAUAUUGUCUUGAGUCAAGCUCAACUCGAUCUGAUGCACGUCAACGCCAAGGAUCCGGGGUUCGGACUCUCACCCCAAGCGCGCAAACCCCAACAUCCCAACCCGUUCACGCCCCUCAAUGGUAGCUUGAUUAGCGCCCCGCCCGCCUCGCCUCCCAACAACUAUGUGGACCCGCGGAUGGCCCACUCGCCCCCCCUGGGCUCGCCCAUUCUUUCGCCCAAUCAAUCAUUGCAUUCCUCGUCCUGGAUUUUUCAACGAAGUCCCGCCAGUCCCAAAUUCAACUCGAGUUUGGGUCUCAUUCAAGAUGAGAACGAUUUGAACAUGUACUUGAAGGAAUAUCAAACUUGGGAGAAAAACAACGGCAGUUUCACCACGGCCCAACACGAUCACAGUGCCAAUGAUAGUAGUUUAGGAUUCAGGACUGGUGGGUUAAAUGGUACGUCGCAAACCGCACAGAACGCCUCAUUUAACGGCUACUCGCCCCUCUUGAAGAGUCUGAGCUAUCAGAUGUCCACGCCCAUGCCCGAAUCCGAAGCCAAGCGGGGUGAAUCCAAGAGCUCCGGGACCAAAUCGUCGAGAAAGAAGGAUAAUCUGUCGGAUCUGGUUGGACUGGAUCCGUUGGAAUUGGUAGUGUGGAUGGAGAACCUCCGUAUGUGGAUCUCGCAGACCGUUCUGCGUCGUUUGAUGCGACAAAUCACUACGGCCAACAAAGAGCUCAAGAGCAUUGGCAUGACGGAUGUGUUGAUCGGCGAAACCGGGAUCGAGAAGCUGCGCAAAUGCUCACAGAUGCACCAGAUCGUCCAAAGUGUCCCAUCCCUACAGUACUUGAUCCCAUACUUGGAUCUGAGUCCACAUCAGGACUAUUUAGUUCAGAGGAUCAAAGACCUCUCUGAAGGCGGGGCCUUGAGUGAAUUCGAUUGGGAUGAAGGGGGUCGAUUUCAGGGCAAGAACUGGUCGGACAAAUUGCCCACAGACAGUGAAUUGAUCAUGCAUUGUCUCGUGUGUUAUUUGGACGCCCGGUUGCCUCCGGUGAAAAGUGUGAUCGAUGGGAAAGUGUUCAGUUCGUUGUAUUUCUUCAAAAUGCCGGAUAAGCUCGAAUCGCUGAAAAUCCGCGUUCCUUGUGCCAUUAUUCAAACGCAGAGCAAGCCACCGCAUUACAUUAUCCAAACCGAAUCAGAAAAGAUCGAUCUCAAUCCUGAGCGGAACAACUUGUUUCACACGCUUCUCUAUUUCUUGCAUUACUUCAAAACCAAAGAACACGGUAUGUUACAUCGCGUCAAUUUGGGCCGAUCCGGUAUCAACGUGUUAUGGGUCGUCGAGGAUGUGUAAAGGGAACCCCAAUAUCCUAAUAUCCUGACUUCCUCGUCUUUGCUCAAUAUCGCUGUUCAAAAUACCCUGCCACUCAACCCGGGUAACAUUAAACUACAUUCGAUGAUGAAAAA